CAAAUAAUAAGGUCAGUUCUCAUUGUCACUUAAAGUUUUACCUGUGUUUUACAUUCCAUUGGUUUAAAAAAUAUAUAGCUUAAAUAAUAGCCAAUCAAAUAACCGUAUAGUGGUAUAACCUUGCAACUGUGUAAGUUUCAAUUUGAAAAAAGUUUCAUAUAAAUACUUCGCUAACAUAAUUUCAAGUUUAUAUUGUCGAGUUUCCCGGCGUUACUGUUUGGUGUAGUUUUUGCUUAGUAAUAAUUUUUUAUCUCUAAUUAAGAUAUAUAAAUAUCAAGUGCUUCAUAAACACAUCACCUGCGAUUCGCACAGAAAUAUAAUACGAAUAAUUUAUUAAGUGUAUAACCUACGUGAAAAUGGAAAACAAAACAGAUUUUCAAUAUCCUCACACUUUUAUAUUACUUGGUGCGUCUGGAGAUCUUGCAAGAAAAAAGAUCUACCCGACUAUAUGGUAUUUAUAUAGAGACAAUCUAUUACCUCGCCACACCAAGUUUGUUGGUUAUGCUCGUACGAAGCAAACAAUGUCUGAGGUAAAGGAGAAAUGUAAAAAAUAUUUGAAAGUGCGUCCAGGAGAAGAAGAGAAAUUGAAGGAAUUUUGGGAAGCCAACGAAUAUUUUGCCGGUUCUUAUGACAAGAGAGUAGACUAUGAAAUGCUCAACCAACUCAUUAGUAAGUUUGAAAAAGGCCCUGUGGCUAACAGAAUAUUUUAUCUAGCAGUGCCUCCAACUGUAUUUGGAGAUGUUACAGUGAAUAUACGAAAUGCAUGUGUGUCCAUUAAAGGCUUCACAAGAGUCAUCAUUGAGAAGCCUUUUGGUAGGGACGAUGAAAGUUCACAGAAACUGAGUAAUCAUCUGGCUGGUCUGUUCAAAGAAGAACAAAUUUACAGGAUUGACCAUUACCUUGGUAAAGAAAUGGUUCAGAACUUGAUGACUAUCAGAUUUGCCAAUCAAAUAUUCAGUCCUUCAUGGAACAGGGAGAAUAUUGCAUCUGUGUUAAUUUCCUUUAAAGAACCAUUUGGUACUGAGGGCAGAGGUGGCUACUUUGAUGACUUUGGUAUAAUCCGAGAUGUAAUGCAAAAUCACCUUCUGCAAAUUUUGUCACUUGUGGCCAUGGAGAAACCUGUUACUUUGAAUCCAAAUGAUAUAAGAGAUGAAAAAGUAAAAGUAUUACGCCACAUCAAUCCUAUUCAGCUGAAUGAUAUCCUGGUUGGACAGUAUGUUGGCAAUCCUGAAGGCAAAGGUGAAGAAAAGUUGGGAUAUCUGGAGGACCCAACUGUUCCAAAGGACUCUGUGACACCUACAUAUGCACUUGCUGCUCUUCACAUUAAUAAUGCUAGGUGGCAAGGUGUGCCUUUCGUUCUUCGAUGUGGAAAAGCUCUGAAUGAGAGAAAAGCAGAGGUGAGGAUUCAAUACAAAGAUGUACCUGGUGAUAUCUUUAAUGGGCAUGCAAAGAGGAAUGAGUUGGUGAUUCGUGUUCAGCCUGGUGAAGCUUUAUAUUUGAAGAUGAUGAGCAAAUCGCCUGGAAUGAAAUUUGACCUGGUGGAAACUGAAUUGGACCUUACUUACAGCAUGCGUUACAAAGAAGCAGAUGUCCCUGAUGCAUAUGAGAGACUAAUUUUAGAUGUAUUCACUGGCACACAAAUGCAUUUUGUAAGAAGUGAUGAGUUAGAAGAGGCUUGGCGUAUAUUUACGCCUGUUCUGAAAGAACUGGAAGGAAAGCGUAUUAAACCUGUUCCUUACGUGUACGGGUCCCGUGGGCCUCCAGCUGCAGACAGCAAACUUGCUUCCUACGACUUUAAGUACAGUGGCUCAUACAAAUGGCAAAAGCCUACUCUAUCUUAAGUUAAAUAUUAGUUUGGUUAAAGUUGUUGGUGGUGGUUUGCUUUUGUGGUUUUUGAUAUUAUGAUAUUUGCAUAAUAAAUUGUAACAUUUAUAGAUGUAAUCAGUUCUCUAAGUUUAAGGUACAUUCCAAUUUUAUCACAACUAUUUAUAAUUUCUCUUAUUUAUUACUCUGCAUUCCUUCACUUUAACUAACAUAGAUUUAUUUGUGAAAGUAUUUUCUUGAUACUAGAACUUCUUUUUAUUGUAUUUACAAUUUAUUGCAUGAUAUUAAUAAUAGUAGAUUAAUGGGACCAUUUAAAUUCAUGACAAUGGUUGUGCGAGUGCCUUAUCCACUUCUUUAAACUGCCUGAUAUUUACUGUGACAAAUUAAUGUAAGCUAUGAUAAUCACGUGAAACGCUUGUUGGGGUUACCUAUGAUCAAAUUAUUUUAAGAUAAUUAAGGUCAGGUUAUCUCGGAAAUGAUAAAAAGAAAUUAACUAAUUUUAUAUUGUAUUUAAAUGCAAUUUUAAUAACUAUGUUUAUUAUGAUAAAAUUUGUUAUUGAAUAAUAUGUAAUAGUUUAAUACAAUGUAUGUAUUUCAACUUGUGGCCCUCUUUUUCAAAUUCUUUUCAAGAGUUGCAAAUACUUUAGAAGUAUGAGCAGCUUACUAUUUUGUAAGUACUGGAGUUAUACCAUAAAUAGGGUUGAAAAAUACUGGUUUAAAACCAAUACAUUAUCUGUUUCUAAAUAUUUAUGCAUUUGUGAUUUCCAAUAUUAAAAAAAAAUACUUAGUAGAGAAAAAUGUUGGUACAUGGCCAUAGGUCUAUACCCUUAUGUAAUAAGGUAGCUUUGAUAUUAUCAUGUGAUGUAUGUUUUUAUAGUUUCAUUAUUUUUAUACAAUUAUACUGUCUACAUUCAACUUAGCACUAAGUAUAAAAGUUUUUAUAAAGAGGUUUAAAAUGGGAUUUAUACAUAAUAUUAAUAGUCUAUUGUAUGGAUUGCAUACAAAAUAUUCUUUCAAUUUUUAUAAAAUGCAAUGAUAAUUUCGUGACAGCUUAUAAAUUUUCUGUAUAUUGUGUUUUUGCUUACACAAGAGAAAUAAUUGAUAAUUAAUAAUAGGAAGUUAUUGAACAUUUAUUUUGAUAUCUUUAUCCUUGGUUAUUGAUUGUAUUUCAUAAGUGCCUGCUCAUACCUAUGUUAAUUGUUUUAGAGUACAUCAUUUGUUGAUAUUAUUUUGAAGUGGAAGUGACAUCAUGACACAGCAAGAUACAUUGCUACUGUAAUCUCUGAUUAUUUUUAUUUGAUUAAGAAUUCAUGAUUCUUACAAAGCAAGUCUGUAAAAACAGCAUUAUUAUUGUAGGUACUUAGUGCAAUUAUGAUUGAAAAUUUGAUGUUAUGAUGUCCUUUCCCACCUGUAGGUAUUGUUAUUGAUCUGUUCCUAUUGGAUUCACUCAUUAUUAUUUAUUGUAAAGUAAAGGACUUUGUGCCAAUGUAAUGCAUAAUAAAUCUUUGACCUUUUGUAAAGGUGAUCACCCUUUGAAUUGACUUGCAUUAUUGAUCUGUAUAAUUAUACUUGGGAGAAUUAUUUAUUUUAUGUUGUAAACAUUAUUCAUUCAUUUUUGUAUCCUAUAAAGCUUUUGACGCUGAAAUAAACAGUAUGGUGCUGA